AUGGGAAACACACAGGCCCAACAAACCUCUACAGACUCUUCUUCUUCUAAGACUCCCGAUCAGAAAGAAGAAGAGGAGGAAUCAAGAAUUACUUGUGAAAUUUGUAUAGAGCCCAUUCCAGGAAACAAGAAAUUCAAGAACAAGAAGAGGUGUGCCCAUUCAUUUUGCACAGAUUGUAUUGCAAAAUACAUAGAAGCAAAGAUGGAAGAAGAUGCUUCAGAAGUGAAAUGCCCAGGUUUACACUGUGAGAAGCCAUUGGAUCCUAUUUCAUGUCGUUCAAUCCUUCCCCAGAGACAGUUCGAGAGGUGGUGUGAUGUGCUAUGUGAGACCGCAGUUCUAAAGUGGGAGAGGGUGUAUUGUCCAUACCAGGAUUGCUCAGCUUUAAUCUUGAAUGAGUGUGGGGAACGUAAUGUUAAGAAAACUAAAUGCCCUAAUUGCAAGAAACUCUUGUGUUAUCUGUGCAAAAUUCCAUGGCAUGAAGGUGUUGAUUGUGAAAGAACAGUGGAGAUGAGAGAAAGGAAUGAAAUUCUGUUCGCUGAGCUUGCACAGAGGAGGAAAUGGACUAGAUGCCCUAUCUGCAAACAUUGUGUGGAGCUUGUUUCUGGUUGCCCAGUAGUUCGAUGCAGGUUUGCUUCUUUUUCAACUUCAUCAUUUCGUUUAAUUGGGCCAUAUUUUGUAUUGAAUCAUAAGUCAGUAGAUUGGAAGCAGGCUAAAGUUGCUGAUUUUGUCGUUCAAGGGAUGUUUCUAACAAUAGAUGCCCUCGCUCUUGAGUGGUACUGUCGUACAGAGUCCAUCAAUCAUCUCAUUAUGGAUAGGCCGUUUGCAACUGAAGUAUGA